CCGAUUCUGCUCUUCUUCUUCCCGCUGCAGCCACCCGAAGAAAAAAAAAGGGAAACCCAGCCAUGCCUUGGAAAAUUGGUAAGGAAGCUUGGUAUUUUCCCCUUCCUUUCUUGUUCUAGAACCCAUAAAGAACCCAGAAAUUUCCCCUCCCUCUCUGCAGAAACCGGAUCUGCUCUGCUUUGCUCUGUCCGCCGGCUGCUCUUGUUGUGGGGGCGAAUUGCUUGGGUUUUGGGUAAGAAACAGCCAUUAAAUCCCUUUGUUUUUCCUUAAAGUGGCUUGGGUUUACUUUAAUUGCUCUUGUUCCUCCAAUUUUGGGUAGUUCCGUGAGCUUCCCCCUGCAGAUCCCACCGGCCUUCCCCAAUCUGCUAGCUCCGGUUCCUUGCUUGUAAAUUCUGGUUCCCGAUCGUUCUGUCAGUUUAGUGUGUGAAUUGAGUGCUCGGUUUUGCGGAGUGAGGUAAGUAAUUUAUGGUAAUGCUCGUACUGUUUUGAAAGCAUGUUUUGAUUUGUUUUUUUUGAAGUGGUGGUGGGACUAAACCCGUUUUACACAAGUAUGACUGAUUUGAGGUGAAAUGUUUUAUGCUUUUCACUAAAUUGAGCAUGCCUACUUGAAAUUUAAGUGAUUGUCCUGAUGAUCUGAAAGUGACUUGAAAGUGAUUGUGAAUUGUGAUUUUCCUGUUAACUUCUGCCUGUUUUGUCUCCGAUGUGGUCAUGUUAUUCGUGACCCUGUUAGUGGGGGAGGUUAUAAACACUAGUACAUGUCGGCACAUGUAGAUAUGUUAUUCGUGACCCCGCUAGUGGGGGAGGUUAUAAACGCUAUUACAUGUCGACAUGUUAGUGAGAGAGCCGGUUCGUUCAACCCAGCUAGUGGGGGUUAUACACCUGCAAAUCGUGGCCCUGCUACUGGGGAUUAUACACUGGCCAUGACCUAUAGAGGAGACGUCUAUUUCGUGCCCGUACUGUAUCCGUUUUUCGUGAUUGUACUUGUUGACAUGCUUUAAGUUUGAUAAGGGGCAAUCCAUAUUUUACUUACUGAGUUAUCUCACCUUGUUUUUCUCGUCCACCGUCUCAGGUAGUGUGCCCUGAGACUCGGAAAUCAAGGGGAGUGACAUGAAAAAAAAAGGCUAGCCACUUGAGAUUUGACAUAGAUUUUAGAUACAUGUACACCACGUUCCUGUAAGUUAGAUUUUAAUUGGAAAUUUUAUGGUAUCAAAACUGAUUUUGUUCAGUAAGUUCCGAGCCUUGUGCACUUGUGGGACCCGUCUCACGAGUGCACGAUGUCUAUCGCGCC